AUGAACUAUUCAAGGCUAGACCUUUUCUCAACUCCAUUCUCAUUUAAUUUUGGAAAUUAAGUGAAAAGAAAAGGGACUAUUUAUGGAGCAAUUUUAUCGCUAUCAAUACUGACCGUCUUCCUCGUUUACUCUUUGUAUCUCUUUUACUUAUACGCUAGUAAUCAAAUCAAUCCCACUUACGCUUGGCAAAGCUUCGUAACAGAAGAAACUAUAUAGGUUGACCUAAAUGAAGACUUAGUAGGAUUUAGAUAUGAAUAUGGUGUAAAUCUCAAUCUUGAUGAUUUGCAAGCUCAACAAAAUAAAACAUAUCUAGUAUUUCUACCUUACUUUUUUUAUCAAAAUGGAACGGAAUUUCAAAUGAUACCAUUGAAUUACACUAAAUGCACAAGUCCCAAAUUGAAAGGGUUUAAUUGCUUUGAUUUUUCAACAAUCAAAAAUUAUACUCUCAUCUUAAAUUCAAUAGAAAAUUUAUAUUCAUAACUUUAUAUUUUCAUAUACAAGUGCUAAGAUACAGACUAAUUAAAAACUUUUAUUCCAAAUAAUUGUGUUGAUAAUGAUGAUGAUUACAAUUCUGUUAUUUAUAAUCCUUAUGCUGACUUUCUUAUUAAACUAUAGACAUCUCAAUAUAACACCUCAUCAUAGUAAGCGUAAGUCAACUAUAGAAAUUCAUUUGUAUAUAUGGUAGGUAACUCAUUUUAGUAUUACUCAUAUAAAAUUUAAAAGUAGACUACUUUUAUUAAAUCUGGUGCAAUUAUUCAAACUGAGAGAUCUUUUUCUUCACCUAUUUAAUAUGAAAUAUCUAACAUUAACGAAGAUAGAUAAACUUUUAUUUAAAACACUUAAGAAAUGCAAUAUAUGUAAAUUAGUAUUUAAAUGGAUGAAAUAAUAUAACAAAUAUAAAUUUAAUACUUAAAUUUACCUUAAAUACUUGCUUAAUGUAAUAGUACUUUAGCACUUUUAGUGUGCAUAGGUAUUUUAGGAAGAAAAAUCGCAGAAAGUUUUAUGAGGCAAGACAUUUUUCUUCUUUUAUUGCAGAAUAUGUUUCAUGGUACUUACGAGUCUAUUUUGAAGAAAAAUCACUUUAUUGAGGAACAAGAAAAUUUUGAUAAUUAAAAUUUAAUUUAAAAAAACGAAAUUAAAGAGGAUUAAAAAGAAGCAAACGAAAAUGUGGAAGAAGAUGAAAAAACUUCGAAUAAUAAUGAAGGUAUCUUUGUUCCUUCUUUUAAAACCAAAUCAAUAAAUUUAGUUUAUGAUUAACACUAAUAGCUUUAAAAUUAAGAGCUCUUGACUAAUUAAAAUGAUAAUUAGUAGGAUUUUAUUUUAGAAUAAGAGUUUACUAAAAAAAUUGAGGAAAAUAAUAAUAACUUUCCCUUAAAAAAGCGAACAACUGGAGAAGUAUAACUCAACUCUAGAAAUUUAGAAAAAUCAUAUUCACAAUAUUAGUUUAAAAAAAUAUAGAUUAAUUAACCCAUCAAUUUAAAUGACUAAGAUGUGAACUUUAAGAAAAUAUCUGAAGAGACGAAUAGUUCUAUAGUUUUAGGAUAAACUUACUAUUUGAGAAGAUUAUUAUCAGAAAAAUAUUAAAAAUAGCCAUAAAAAGAUAAUUCUCUCUAAGUGAAAAAUACUAUAAAAAAAAUAAAGGCUAUGAAGGACAAUUCUAUUUUGAAUGGUAUUCGUUAAAAAGUUUUUAAAAUAAAAAUUUUCAAGCAAUGUGAGUAUUAGAAAUCUUAAGGAUUAGAUGCAGAAGAUAAGCGAAUUAUUGAUUAAUAUAUUAAUGAAAGCUUAGAUAUAUUAUAGAUAUAUAGAGAUCUUAUCUUUUUAAAAAAAGCUGUACUACUUCUCUUUAGCAAAGAGCAAUUAGCUAUGCUUCAACUUAUUGGAAUAUCUUCUAAUUUCUGUAAACAGCAGGUUAACAGUGAUAAAAAUCUAUAAGCUUAAGACUAAGUAAAACCAAAAGAAAUGAGUUACUUUGAAGAAUAAAUUUCUAUUUUAAAAGAUAGCCAUAAAUCAGAAAAAUAUAUAAUUUCUUUCUUUGAUAAGCUAAAGUUGAACAAGGAUCAAACAGAGGUGGAUUAAAGAAUACUGAACUCUUUGUAAUGA